AUGUGGGCAAUGCUAGGGUUGAAAGCUGCAGCUGCUGCAACUUCAGCAGUGACCAAAGACUAUGGUUUCUUGGGGAACAAACUCGCAGCCUGCUCCUGCAAUUUUCCAUAUUUCUGGGGUACAUCAACAGCUAGCCACAUCACAUUCGAGCCAACUCCAAAGAUUUCUCUCCGUUCCCUCAGCUCUUCUGUUUUGGGAGGUCUCUGUUCUUAUUUGGGUUUCUACUCCAAGACCACCAGGAUAACUUAUCAGUUUAUGCCGGGAUUGUUUCGAUACGCAUGGGCUGAAGUUCUUGACGUCGAGAUCUCCAGCCCGAAGAUGAAGGACAGCGCCAUGGUGAACAGAAUCUCCCCUCCUUAUGAUAAACAGGAGAAGCUCUGCUUCUCCAAGGGCAGGCUGAUGCAGUCACUGAGUUUCAAACAUUGGGAAAGAGCAGAGGAGGCAGUAGCUUCAUUGGACCAUAACAACAGGCCAAGCCAGAUCAACAUCGUCGUCGACGGCGACCGGAGGGAUUCAGAAAUGGUUUUCACGCCGUCUUCAAGCCCCAGAGUCUCCUCCAGCCCCAAAUGCGAGCUCGAUGCCGCGGCGUUGAAGCUCCAGAAGGUGUACAAGAGCUACCGGACGCGGCGGAACCUCGCCGACUGCGCCGUCGUCGUUGAGGAGCUAUGGUGGAAGGCGCUGGACUUCGCGUCUCUGAAGCACAGCUCCAUCUCCUUCUUCAACGGCGACAAGCCCGAUACCGCGGCGUCGCGGUGGGCACGAGCGACGACGAGAGCGGCCAAGGUUGGGAAGGGGUUGUCGAAGAACGGCAAGGCGCAGAAGCUGGCAUUGCAGCACUGGCUCGAAGCUAUUGACCCGAGGCAUCGAUAUGGGCACAAUUUGCAUACCUAUUAUGAUGUCUGGUCCAGGAGUGAGAGUACAGAACCCUUCUUUUAUUGGUUGGACAUAGGGGAGGGCAAAGAAGUAAACCUUGAGAAAUGCCCUAGGAGUAAACUUCAGAGUCAAUGCAUCAAGUACCUUGGACCAAAAGAGAGGCAAGAGUAUGAAGUUGUGGUGGAGAGUGGGAAACUUAUGUAUAAGAGAAACGGAGUUCUUGUGCACACUUUGGAUGAUUCCAAGUGGAUUUUCGUCCUCAGCACCACUAAGGCACUAUACGUUGGUCAGAAGAAGAAAGGAUCAUUUCAGCACUCUAGUUUUCUGGCGGGUGGAGCCAUAACAUCUGCCGGAAGAUUGGUGGUCAAAGAAGGAAUCCUAAAGGCCAUAUGGCCAUACAGUGGUCAUUACCUUCCGACCGAAGAGAACUUCAGAGAAUUCAUCCGCUACCUUGAAGAGAACGGCGUUGACCUCACCGAUGUCCAGAAAUGCCCAAUUGACAAAGAUGACGAGUACCCAUUGAUGGGCAGCCCUGACGCUCAGCCCAACGCCGCCGUCUCCGAUUACACCGAAGGAAUAGAUCACAACACGGCAGCUGCAGCCGCCGAUGAGCAUAUGAGUGAACCCGAGGCUGACGACGGUCGCGCUCGGGCGCCGUGGAACGAAGCCGACAGCGACGGUCACCGGACAACCGACGACGGGAACAUGAGUGGAGCAGAGGAAGAUGACACUCACACUAAUAUUGAAGAAGCUGUGAACAGUUCAGAGCCGCAGCCACUGCCGUCGUCUCCGGCCAGUGGUGGUGCUGCUGUGCAUGGCAAGAACCACCAGAUGUGCCGGUGGUCGACGGGGACCGGCCCCCGCAUCCGCUGCGUCCGCGACUACCCACAGGACCUGCAGUCCAAGGCCCUGGAGCACGUCAACCUCUCGCCAAGGCUCCUCGGCUCGCCGCCAAGGAAGAGGGACCCGGUGCCAUCCCCCCGGCCCAGCCCGGCAACGAUGAUCCUGUCUCCGAGGCUGGCAUCCGUGGGCUUCCAGCCCCCGACGGUGUCCCUCACGCUGCCUGACCUCAAGAGGAGCAGGCUGCAGUGAACAACUCUGAUCUUGUUUAAUUAUUUGGAUAGUUGAUUAGAGAAUCCAGAACAUAACUAACUGGUCAGGUUGUUUACUGAUAGGCCAGUGAUUUUUUGCUUCUAUGUUAAUCAGCAGAUUACUUCAUUUUUUG